AAUGACUACAUGCUGACGGAUGAAUGGUGAUCAAACCACUGCAUCACCCAGACAGGGCCCUUGAGCCAGCAGCUGUCACCCCUUCCCCCUCCACCAACCAACUCCGCUCUGGUGGGAUGAACAGACGGCGCUGCCAUGCGAUGACCAUCCAGCCACGCCUGUGCGGCUGUGGAAGCAGCAACACCAACACACACCACAAAGCAAGCAAGCGAUGAGCAACUCGCUGCUUAUAUUCCCCCCUCUUUCUCGCCCUCCCUGGCGGCCAUCACAACAACAACAACAACAGCAGCAGCAGCCAACACCCCCUCCACCGCCGAUGCACCAGCAAGCAGCAGCAGCGCCAGCAUCACUUGCUGCUGAACACAUCCCUCCAACCAACCAACCAGCCAACCAACCAACCCAUCGCACUGCUGCUGGCGGAAGCUGGCUGUUUGCAGCUGGGAACAGGUGGCGACAGCACAAGUUGCAUUUUCGGUUGGAAGCAGCAGCAGCAGAGGUGAUGUUCUCGCACAAGCAGGAUGAGGGAAAUGUCAAGGAUACUUGCUACGCGUGCCAGCUGCACUCGCCUCACACAUGGUGGUGAGGUAGCAGCACACAUCAGGAUGUCGAUGGAAGCGGGCUCGCAUGCCGGCUGCUGCUGCUGCAACUCCCCCGAUUCGGCUGCCGCUGCUGUGCUCAUGCAGUAUUCCUACAUGUGAGCAAGCGGCGACUGUGUGAGGAUCGUUUGAGGAUGAUGGGUGGUGCACACAUGAUGGAAUGGGAGGAGCAGCUGUGGGCACGCACGUCCAUGGUCAUGGUGGGCACAUCCAACAACAGCGACGCAGCUAUGCGCAGGGCCACAUCAGAAGAGGGCAAGGAAGCCGCCAUGAACGACCCAUCAGCAUCAUCAUCCACCUUUCCCAUUUCUCUCUCCUUUUUCGUUCUUCCACCUCAGCUUGGCGGUUACCAUCACCACCAUCACCAUCGACCGCACAGCCGACAUCACACUCCGGCCGACACCAGCUCCAAUCUGUCAUGAGGCAGACAUUGCACAUGUCAGUCGCUCUGACGAUGAGCGUUGAGGGGGCGCAUGAAGCGGUGGAACCAACGACGAUGACGAUGACGAGUGAUGAAGGCCAUGCAUCACGUCUCCAUCCAACCGACCAAGCAAGCAGCCGAGCGAGCGAGCAAAGGACACGGCGUGGCAAGGGGCCGUUUGUUUUCCCCGUUUCCACCACCAGCAGCAACAGCAACAACCGAUGUAUGGCUGCAUUUUGGAUGAGCUGGCUUCUUCCGUCUCUCGUCCAUCUCCUCCUCCUCAUCGUCUUCGUCGUCAUUGGUUACCAACAGCAGCGGCUGCGGCCGUAGAUGUGGAGGGUGUGAUGUACGUCGAUGUGCCGUUGCCUCGCAUGACGAUGACGAUGAUGGUGGACGGUGGCCGAUCUCUUCCCAGGCCCUCAUGACACGAGCAGGGCGAUACACGCACACACGAAUGUGCGAGAAAAGAAGGC